AUGUACCGUGUUCUCGCAACUGCACCGCUCCUCGCGGCUACGGCUCUGGCAGCCCCGACUGCUCCGGCCAAGUACGACUACAUCGUCGUUGGCGGUGGCACCAGCGGUCUCGUUGUUGCCAACCGUCUGUCGGAGCUGAACAACGUCACUGUCGCCGUCAUCGAGGCGGGUGGCUCCGUCUUCAACAACGAGAACGUUACCAACCCCAACGGCUACGGACUGGCCUUCGGUACCGACAUCGACUGGGCCUACGAGUCCGUUGAACAGACCUAUGGCGGCGGCAAGACCCAGACUCUCCGUGCCGGCAAGGCUCUUGGUGGCACCAGUGCCAUCAACGGUAUGGCCUACACCAGAGCCGAGGAUGCGCAGGUCGAUGCAUGGGAGAAGAUCGGCAACAAGGGCUGGAACUGGGCGUCGCUGCUCGAGUACUACAAGAAGUCGGAGACUGUGCAGCCUCCCAAGGCGGACCAGCUGGCGGGCGGCGCGACCUACGACCCUGCCUACCACGGCACCGAGGGCCCGCUCAAGGUCGGCUGGAAGAACCAGAUGAUGAACAUCAGCUUCCCCGAGGUGCUCAACUCGACCUACAAGGCCAACAACGUGCCGUACAUCUACGACAUUGCUGGCGGCAAGAUGGCCGGCUGGAACGUCUUCCCCUCGACCCUCGACGUCGAGCUCAACGUGCGUGAGGAUGCUGCCCGCGCCUACUACUACCCCUUCGAGAACAGGACCAACUACCAUGUUCUGCUCAACACCGAGGCUCAGAAGCUUGUCUGGGCUGAGUCCGGCGCUGAGGCCACUGCCUCGGGUGUCGAGGUCAAGGACAGCACUGGCCAGACCCGCACCAUCUACGCCAACAAGGAGGUCAUCCUGUCGGCCGGUUCGCUGAAGUCUCCUCUCCUGCUCGAGCUGUCUGGUGUCGGCAACCCCGAUAUCCUGAAGGCUGCCGGCGUCGAAGUCAAGGUCGAGCUCCCUGCCGUCGGUGAGAACCUCCAGGACCAGACCAACAACGGCUUCGACGGCGUCGCGACCAAGAGCUUCAGCGGCACUGCCGUCAACGUCGCCUACCCCAACGUCGAGGACAUCUUCGGCAACCGCACCGCCGCCAUCGCCGCCGACGUCAAGAAGCAGCUCGCGUCGUACGCUUCCGACGCGUCCAAGGUCUCCAACGGCGUCAUCUCCGAGGAGGCCAUCGCCCAGUUCUUCGAGAUCCAGUACGACCUGAUCUUCAAGGACCUGGUCCCGCUCGCCGAGAUCCUCAUCUACCCCACCGGCUCUGCCUUCAGCGCCGAGUUCUGGAGCCUGCUGCCCUUCUCGCGCGGCAACAUCCACAUCGCCGACGCCUCUGCCGCCUCGGCCAAGAUCAACCCCAACUACUACCAGGCCACCUGGGACAUGACCGAGCAGGUCGGCACCGCCAAGUACAUCCGCCAGCUCUUCAACACGGCCCCGCUCAAGAGCCUGCUCGCCAACGAGACGGAGCCCGGCGCGGCCGUCGCCACCGACGAGCAGCUGUCCGAGUGGAUCCUCGACAACUACCGCUCCAACUUCCACCCCGUCGGCACCACCGCCAUGAUGCCCAAGGAUAUUGGUGGCGUCGUCGACUCGUCGCUCAAGGUCUACGGCACCAGCAACGUGCGUGUCGUCGAUGCCGGCGUCCUGCCCUUCCAGGUCUGCGGCCACCUCGUCUCCACCCUGUACGCCGUCGCCGAGAAGGCGUCCGACAUCAUCAAGGCCGAGGCUUAA